AUGCUGGACAAUGAUUGGAGUGCGGACACAGCGUCUUUCUGCUCAGUGUGCCGGACAACGGUGCAGGCGGACAUCGUUUUUCUGGUGGAUGAGUCGUGGAGCGUCGGCCUAAGCAGCUUCUCCAGAGUGAAGGACUUCAUCUCGGCUGUGGUCUCGUACUUUCCAGAUCAUGUGGUGGGCUCUGAGGGAGUCCGCUUUGGGGUCACUGUGUUUGGCGAUAUCCCCAGGAUGCAGAUAGCGCUGACAGACUACAGCUCGCGGGAGGACGUCCUUAAGGCCGUCAAAGAGCUCACAUAUGAGGGAGGCUCCAGGAAGAUGGCUGUGGCUCUGAAAUACCUGGUGGACAACGUUUUCAGUGCGGCCAUCGUCCGAGACCAUGCCCCCAAGAUCACUGUGUUGAUCACGAAUGGGCGUUCAGAUGACCAGAUUGGAUCGGCGGCCCAGAAAGUUGUUGACAAUGGCAUUUCUCUUUUUGCGAUUGGAGAGUCUCUGUUGGCAGAGGUAAUCCAGCAGCAGUACCGCGUCUUAAACCCAAAUAAAAUAUAG